CCAAUCUCCAAACCCAUGGCAUCUGCGUAGCUGCCAAACGCCCUAAACCCCGCCUAAAACAAACCUUAUCCAUCAUUCAAAGGCGAACAAAAAGUUCUAAAUUCCCAGUCUAGUAUACUAGACCCCUAAACUCAUCUUGACCCUUUUCUAUACCGAGGUCACCUGAUAUCGUGAGACCGUGCAGGUUAACGAUAUUUCUUUUUCCUGUUUUUUCCCCUCUCCUUUCUUUUUUUUAUCUUCAAGGGCUGACGUGGUUAGGCUGGAUCAGAUCAGCUCGACUCAGCUCGGGUUGGAAAGAAAAAAAAGGUGAAAUUGAGAUGCAAGUCCAAGUACAAAUGCCCGGAUCCCGAGCCCCAUGACAGAUCUGUCCCGGAUCCUGCCGGACUUCCCUAUCGGCCGGUACGCGAACCUGCUUCCCGCCAUCGAGAAGCACGGGCUGACCACCGCCGACCUGCUCACCCUCCAGGUCCCCGAUAUCGGCAAGCGUACCCAGCUACCGCUCCUCGACAUCAAGAGGCUGUGUAAUGCUGUACUAGAGGCCCUUCAUGUCGAUCUUGGCAUCUCUGAUAAGCAACAGCAACAGCAGCAGCAGCAGGAUGCUAAGAGCGACGAGCCGAAGCGCAGUGUCUUGAGACACACCGGCUCCGAACUCCUAGCCAAACCCUGGAAUGCCAUCAGCACGUUAGACGACGACCUGGACCGCGCCCUCGGCGGCGGCAUCCCGACGGGGUACAUCACCGAGAUCACGGGCGAGAGCGGCGCCGGCAAGACGCAGUUCCUGCUGACCCUGCUCCUGGCGUGCCAGCUCCCGCCCCCGCGCGGCCUCGGCCGUCCCGCGCUGUACAUCUCCACCGAGGCGCCCCUGUCCACGCGCCGCCUCUCCCAGCUGCUCGCGAACCACCCGUACCUCCGCGCUCUCCCGCCCCCCGAGCGCCCCUCCCUCGACGCCAUCGUCGGCACCGUCACCCCGGACCUCGAGUCCCAGGACCACAUCCUCACCUUCCAGGUCCCCGUCGAAGUCGCCCGCCGCAACGUCGGCCUCCUGAUCCUCGACUCCGUCGCCGCCAACUACAGGGCCGAGUUCGAGCGCGGCGCCGGUGGUACCCGCUCUGGUACCGGUGCCGGAAGCGCAGGUGCAGGUGCGGGUACGGGUGCGGGCGCGAAGAGCGGCGGCGCUAAUCUCGCCGCCCGCAGCCACGAGCUCGUGCGUCUGGGCCAGCAGCUGCACGACCUGGCGCGGCGGCACAACCUCGCCGUCGUAGUAGCCAACCAAGUCGCCGACCGCUUCACAGGCACCGCUAAGAGCGGCGCUCCGCCGCACGUCGGCUUCUCGCUGCCGCGCGUCUCGCAGGAAAGCCCGCUCGCAAGCCGCACGAGAAACUUCCCACCGGCCCCCCCGCAGCUCGACGGCCUGGACCCCCCUAGCAGCGCGACCGCCGAGCUGCUGCGCUCCAGCAUACCCAAGCUACCGCCGCCGCCACCACCACCGCCACCACCACCACCCUCGGAGCCCCUCGCCCCCCCGGCGCUGCUCCUCGACCACCAGCAACGGUGGUUCACGGGGUGGGGCGACGAGCACCCGUACCCUCUCGGCAACGGCGAUCGCAGCCUGAAGACGCCCAGCCUGGGCCUGGUCUGGUCGACGCAGAUCGCGGCGCGGCUGGCGCUGUUCAAGAGGCCCGUGUACGGGCGCAAGGAAGUCGUCGUCGUCGACGACGACACGGGGGAGACCACGGCGACGCUGCGGAACUGGCGCCGGUGGAUGAAAGUCGUGUUCGCGCCGCACGUGCCGGGGACGGGGCCGGGGUUGGAAGGCGCGGUCGAGUUUGAGGUUACGAUGGGUGGGGUGAGGGCUGUGGAUAGGGAAAAGAAGAAGAACGCGAAGGGGAAGGGGGAGAAGAAGGAGGAGGAGGUGGUGGUGGUGGAGGAAGAGGAGGAGGAAGAAGAAGGGUUUGAGACGUGAGAAUGGGAAUGGGUUACGGCUUGGGUUCUGCAUAU